CGAUAAGAAAUCGAUUGGCAACAUUGCUCAGCCGAGAUGUGCAAGUCUCGUAUACACAAAGAAAACAUGAAAUUUAUUGCAACCGACUGCUAAUGUACAACAAAACUCAUACAAAUAUACAGAGGCACAGAUCAAGGGCAAGCACCAAGGCACAAGACAUAUUUCUUGCGGGGGGAGGCGAGACCAAAAAUGCAUGCCGCAUCGAUGACAGCGGUGGAGGUGCUGCUGCACGAAUUUUAUCAACCGACGACGAGCAAUGCACGCAAACGUGAAAUCGAGACUAAUCUGCUGGCCUUCAAGUCACAGCCGGAGGCGUGGCAGCUGUGUCUGCGUGUGGCAACGGCCAGCAAUAGUUUCAUGGAGAAUCAGUUCCUUUGGUUCUUCAGCACAUCGACACUGGAGCAUACAAUAACACGUCGAUGGAGUCAAUUAACAGCAGCGGAUCGUACAUUAUUACGGGAAACAUUAUGGAAUACAUAUGCCCAGUUGCCGGCAUUGACAGCGGCUCGACGACAUCGGGAUACGCUGGCCCAGCUGAUUGCCCUAAUGGGUAAACGUGAAUUUCCCGAACAGGAUCCAAAUUAUAUGAAACAUUGCAUGGAAUUUACCAAAACACGUUUCGCCCUGGGCAUCAAUCUGUUGCGUGUUACAUCCGAGGAAGUGGUUAGCAAUCGUGGAGAUUUGACCACCGAAUGGAAACAAUAUUUUUAUUCAUGCAUUUCCAUGUGUAUACCCGAUGUUAUGGAUCUGGUCACCAAAUAUCUACUUAUCGCUGUUUGUCACAUCAAUGGCAAGGACAUACAAGCGACCAUACCAAGCACCCUCAUGGAUAUUAGUCUAGCCUCAUCACUGCCAAAUGACAAUCAAUUAAGUUCCUCUAUAUUGGAGUUGCUGGCCUGUGUACAGCAUUUGGUCUCCUGGAUACGCACUGAACUGAUCUCGGAAUAUUUCUUAAUGAGCAUACUAGAUCUAUCACAAUGGCGUCCUGGCCAUGAGCCCAUCUCAUUGGCCUCGCUCUCUGUGCUGAAUGAAAUGUUAUAUUUACAAAAACCAUUGCCAUAUGCUGGCACACUAAUGAGUGGCGUUAGUAGCCUCCUGGAGCAACAUAAUGGCAAUAAGCAGCAGAGCGAAAUGUAUAGCGAUAAAUUUCGUGAACUUUUGCGUCUAUAUACAACAAAAUAUGCUGCAAAAUUAAUGCAGGAACCAGAAUUAUUAGAAACUUUUUUGAAUUUACUAUACGGUUGCACCACAGAAUUGCACGGCGCCUUGGACUUUACGGAGAAAUUGGACAUUUGGACACCAAUUAUAAAGGGUAUUGCGCAGCAGCCGGGUAAAAUGACACGUUAUAAUCAAGUGCUUACACAGUUGGUGAAUGAGAUAAUGCGUCGCACUCAGUUUGAGGCCAAUAAGGCCGAAUUGGAGGUACUAGACAACGAGAUCAUGGAAGAUGAUCAGAGCCCCACCACAGAAUGGCAACAAUUUUUGGAUCAAUGUUUCGAAUGUUUGGCCCUUUUGGCUAGCACUCGCGGUGCUCAUAUCGUUUUUGCACAAGUCUUUGCCCAUUGGUCGCGUCCACAGAUGUAUUUGAUGUCAUUGGAUAAUGCACUUGAUCAUCGUUCAGCGGCACGUAAACAUAAAUUGGCAAAUAUUGGUGAAAUAUUACGUGAUUUUGCCACAGUUUGUCAGGCUGUUGUCCGUCUGGCACCAUUAAUGGACACCUCUGCGGCGGCGGCGGCGGCAAUUGGUUCUGGUGUGGCCGAUGAAAUGGAAUGCCAAUUGCAAAUGUUAUCCGAUAGUUUGCUACAAACAUUACAAUUGCUGGCCAGUAAUCGAAUUGGAGGCAGUGAAAUGGACAAGGCCAACUUUCAGACUGAUUUAGAUAACCUCUACGCUCAAGUUCUGCUGGCCAUACGCAGCAUAUUCCCACUGUCCAAGGCCAUGGGCAGUGAGGAGUUAUUGCAUCGCCUUUUUGUCAUAUUGGGCAGCAUCUUUGCCUGCAACAAUUCAUUAUCAGCCGCCUCGCCGAUUGUCCAGCAGGCGGCUAGCGAAUUGUUAUUAUUCAUCUCAACUGUGAUACGGCCAAAAUGCCUGCUGGAGAUACCACAAAUACAGAGCCUCUUGCAGGCUGGCUCACGACUGGGCACACAGCUGCCCCGUCAGGUGUGCAUUAAUGUGCAUAUCAGUCUAGUUAGCUAUAUGGUAUUACCAUGGAAGUGUGUACCCGAACAGCAGCAGGAUUAUCAGCGUCGUCUUUGGAUGUUGCGUGAAUAUAUCGAUGGUUUGGCUCAAAAUUUCCUGGAAUUGGACCUAAAUCUAACCGGUGAGAGUAAGGUGACGGCCACAACAUUAAGUCUAUUGGGCACAUUAACGGCUCUAAUUGAAUACUUUAAUGGUUGCGGUGGCAAUGCCAAGGAUAUGCUGGCCAGCACAUUUAAGCCCAUAUUAACAAAGGCUUUGAUGAUCUUUAAUAGCUAUGGCCUAAAUAGCAUUGCCAUGGCCAUAACUGUGGCUGAAUUUAGUUUGAGCAUGUUGCGUACAUUGCCAACACAUUUGGGAGCUCAAUUUAUAAAGGAGAUGAUUACUUUGUUUAUCAAUGUUAGCAGCAGAGAACAACUGACUUUAAGCCGUUUGGCUGUGAUGGAAAAAGUUUUACAAAUGUUUAAACUAAUUGUCGAACAACCGGGCAGCACAUCAUUAGCCCUAUUGCCAUCUAUUUUGGAUUUUAGCACUCAACAGAUAUUGCCAUUAUUACAACAACAAAAUGCAGCCACCGAUAGCAGUGAGAUAACCAGUUUGCUCUAUGCCUUAUUCGAUAGUGUGCUCACUUGCAAGUGGCAAUUUUUCUAUAAAAAUCAAUUACAAUCGAAUGGCCAUGCCAGUGCCGCCGGAACAGCAGCAGCAGCAGCAACAAAUACAACAAAUUUCAAUUGUAGUGAUAAUCUGCAUCCGGGUCUAUUUAUGGCCAUAUUGAAUGCAUAUGGACAAAUGCUUGUCAGCGGCACUGAUCCCAGUAAUGUGCGUAAUGUUCUGUUUUCGAUGCAAAAUGUUAACGAACGGAGUCGCCUCUAUCAGCGGGCAUUGUUUAAGGAACAACUUUUGGCCUCAUUUCAACGGGCAUUGCUCAAUUUACUGCUUAGCGGUGAGGGGGCAUUGCAUUUUGAUAUGAUUGCCCAGGCAUUAUUUGCCAUGGGUCAGGUGGAUCAUAGGCAGCUAUUGGAGAGUUUAACCCAAGCCUCGCUGCCAGUGCAACAGACAACACUCGAGGAUAUCUGCCAGACAAGUGACAUUCCAACGUUUACGCAGAAACUCACACAGCUAAUGCAGGAUGCUCAUUGUGUGCAUCUUAAUGAGACAACGUAGACACUGACACGGUGUUACAACAACAACAACAACAACAAAUGUCAAACCCCCCCCCCAUACGAUGGCGCCACACUCAUUUUAUCAAUCAUAAUCCUUUAUAAUCAGCAAAUACAUCAAAUCACCUUUUUUCUGCUCCUGCUUUUGCUUAGCUCAUUUGUUUGUCUGAAGAGUGUAUGUGUAUGUGUAUGCGUGCAUGUGUGUGUAUGUGUGUGUGUAUAAAAUAUUUAUAAUGUAUUUAUGUCUGCUGUGUGUCCCAUAUGUGUGUAUGAGUAAUUUCUUAUCUUGUCUUUAUUUCGUUCCUUUUUUUGUUCUGUGUUUUUUUUAUAUAUUAUGCCAUACUUUCAAGUGCCACGCCUCUUCUAAUUAGGCAUUAUUGUAUUAUCCACACUGCCCCCCCCACCUUUUUCACACUGCAUCCCUUUCCUUUCCUCAAUGCCAAUUUCUAAACGCUUUGAACAAAAACUUCGUUCCCAAAGUGUUUGCUCUCUUUUUAAUGAGUGUGUGUAGCCCUAGUCAUCGUCGUUAUUGUUGUCAUCCAUCGUCGUCAUGGUCGUCAUCGUCAUCAUCGUCGUCAUGGUCGUCGAAUUGAUAGGAUCAACCAAAAUUCAUUCAAUUGAUAAAAGACAUUGUUAGCUUAUAAUGCAAUUCCGUUAUCUUAAUGCAAUUACAAUUUAUUUUAAUGCCCCUAA